AAAGAAAAGAAAAAAAACCAACCCAACCCCACACUUAGCGGAAACUUGUCAAAGAAUGCUCCUAAAGUCUGGUUUUCUCCUGCUGCUGCUGAUCAGUGCAUCCGCAUCCUACGAAGCUGAGCAGAAUGACUCUGUGAGCCCCAGGAAAGCGCGGGUGGCAGCGCAGAACUCAGCCGAGGUGGUUCGGUGCCUGAACAGCGCCCUCCAGGUGGGCUGCGGAGCCUUCGCCUGCCUGGAGAACUCCACGUGCGACACGGACGGGAUGUACGACAUCUGCAAAUCCUUCCUCUACAGCGCUGCUAAAUUCGACACUCAGGGAAAAGCGUUUGUGAAGGAGAGCCUGAAGUGCAUCGCCAACGGGGUGACAUCCAAGGUGUUCCUGGCCAUCCGCAGGUGCUCCACGUUCCAGAGGAUGAUCUCGGAGGUGCAGGAGGAGUGCUACAGCAAGCUGGACCUGUGCGGCAUCGCCCGCCGCAACCCCGAGGCCAUCACCGAGGUGGUGCAGCUCCCAAACCACUUCUCCAACCGGUAUUACAACAAGCUGGUUCGGAGCCUGCUGGAGUGCGACGAGGACACGGUGAGCACCAUCAAGGAGAGCCUGAUGGAGAAGCUGGGCCCCAACAUGGCCAGCCUGUUCCACCUGCUGCAGAGCGACCACUGCGCCCAGGGCCACCCUCGCGCCGAGCUGCUGCGCAGGAGGCUCUCGGAGCCCCAGAAGCUGAAGCUGCUCCUCAGGAACCUGCGAGGUGAGGGCUCCACAACCGCCCACGCCAAGCGCGGCUCCGCCGAGCACGCCUGA